AUGGUUAAUUUUCCCAUGUUGCAAAAUUUAAACCUGUCUUUCAACAAUCUUGAGGGAAAGGUACCUGUAGAAGGGGUCUUCAGAAAUGCUAGCGCAGUUGAAGUCUAUAGUAACAGUGCUCUUUGUGGGGGCAUCCAAGAGCUGCAUAUGCAAGCAUGCCCCAGUCAAGGAUCCAAGAAACAUAGAAAGCAUUUGAGAAAGUUGAAGAAGAAAUGCCUUUCCAUUUCCUCCUUUGGAUGCACCUACCAAAAGAUUUCUUAUGAAGAAUUACUCAAUGCAAUCGAUGGAUUCUCUUUGAGGAAUUUGAUUGGUUCAGGUAAUUUUGGUAGUGUCUACAAAGGAAAACUUGGUCUAGAUGAACCAACUGUUGCAGUCAAGGUACUCAACCUUCAAAAGCAAGGAGCUUCCAAGACCUUCAUUGCUGAAUGCGAGGCCUUGAGGAACAUACGGCAUCGAAAUCUUGUUAAGAUUGUGACCGCUUGUUCGAGUAUUGAUUUUGGGGGCAAAGAUUUUAAAGCUUUAGUGUAUGAGUUCAUGCCAAAUCGGAGCUUGGAGAUGUGGUUACAUCCUGAAGAUGGGUUCAGCCAAUUGAGAAAUUUAAAUCUUCUCCAGAGAAUGAACAUUGCAAUAGAUGUGGCUUCAGCUUUGCUUUAUCUUCAUCACCACUGCCAAACUCCUAUCAUUCACUGUGAUCUUAAGCCAAGCAAUAUUCUUCUCGAUGAUGAUUUGACUGCUCAUGUAAGUGAUUUUGGCUUGGCAAGACUCCUUUUGAAAUCUGGAAAGGAAGCUUUUCUUAAUCAAUUAAGUUCGGCUGGAAUUAAGGGAACCGUUGGAUAUGUUGCUCCAGGUAAUGAGUCAUGA